AUGGCCGCCCCCCAGGAUGCGGUGGUGACGGUGAGCGGCUCCGUCCAGAAAUUCGUCACCAAGAAGAAGAAGGUGCUGAGUGCGGAGGAGGCCGAGCUGUCCGAAUUGGCGCAGGCGGCCGGGAUCGUCAUGGAUCAGGAGGUCUUCAAAAUUCUUGUGGAUUUACUAAAGAUGAAUGUGGCUCCUUUGGCUGUUUUUCAAAUGCUGAAGUCUAUGUGUGCUGGGCACAGACUCACAGAUUCUGUGUCUACUGAGUCAAGUUCUCCAUCAAUACAGGCAACGCAUAUAGAAACAAGAGGAAAAAACAAGCUGAAUCCUUCAAACACAAGCCAAGGACAAAGUGAACGAAGCAGCAGAGAAGGUUCAAGUCAGAGAGUGCCUCGCCAACCAAGUGCCAGCCGCAUGCAGAAAAGCAGCAGCUCAGGAAAAAGCAGUGGAGGGAGCAGUACAUAG